AUGACAAAGAUAGAACUCUGGUUGAGGAGCUUUUUGCAAACAACAAGAUUCAGGCAUUUCUGCUUUACCUCAGUAUUGGUUUGUACCAGUACAUUGGCAUGGGGUGUAAACCUUCCAGGUCAUCAUCUGUUCAUUAUUGAGGAGUUUAUUGCAGCAGCUGUUCUUCAGGACAAAUUUACCCGUCAGUCUCAAGUAUCAGUGGGAGCUGCCUUCGGGGUAGGCCAGUCCACAGUUUCUCAGGUGACUUGGAGAUUCAUUGAAGCAUUGGAAGAACGUGCCAAGCACCAUCUCAAGUGGCCUGAUUCCAAUAGAAGGGAAGAAAUAAAGUCCAAACUUGAAGAAGCCUUUGGAUUGCCCAAUUGUUGUGGAGCCAUAGAUGGUACACACAUCAUUACGACCCUUCCUACCGUUCAAACAUCAGACGAUUGGUGUGACAUGGAGGACAACUACAACAUGCUCUUGCUGCAGGGAAUUGUUGACCUCAGGUUUCUUGACAUUGUAACUGGUUGGCCUGGGGGCAUGACGGUGUCUAGACUUUUAAAGUGUUCAGGGUUUUUCAAGCUCUGUGAAGGUGGACAGCGUUUGAAUGAAAAUAUUAGAACUUUAUCUGGAGGAGUAGAGAUUAGAGAAUGCUUAGUUGGUGGGGUUGGCUAUCCUCUGCUUCCCUGGCUCAUAACUCCUUAUGAAAGCAAUGGCCUCCCAGCUUCCAUUUCCGAUGUCGUGCAUGGGGCUGCAAGGUCACUUGCAGUAACGGCAUUCUCGCAGUUAAAGGGCACUUGGAGAAUCCUUAACAAGGUCAUAUGGAGACCCGAUAAGCGGAAACUUCCGAGCAUCAUCUUGGUGUUCCACGGUUAUUUGAAGGUUUCUCAACUUUUGUACAUCAGAAUCAAGUCUUUCUGGAAUCCUUCUCUUGUUGCCUUCUUGACGGGGCUCUGUAAAUCUCUUAGAGAUCUCUAA